AAAACAAGAAGAAGAAGAAGUACAACAGCAUCAGUACAUAAACUAAAGUGUUUACAGUCAGCGAAUAAAGGGAUUUUAAUUUCAACACAGCACCUUUUCACUGAGGCAGAAUGCCUCGUUUUGCACAGCUAGUGAUGGGCCCGGCGGGGAGCGGUAAGAGUACUUACUGCUCCACCAUGGUCCAGCACCUCGGGUCCAUGAGCCGCUCAGCUCAGGUGGUCAACCUGGACCCAGCAGCUGAGCACUUUGACUACCCUGUCAUGGCAGAUAUCCGUGAGCUCAUCCAGGUGGAUGAUGUUAUGGAGGACGCUUCUCUCAGAUUUGGCCCAAACGGAGGCCUGGUCUUCUGCAUGGAGUACUUCGCCAACAACUUUGACUGGCUCGCGGAAAGCCUGGGUCACGUAGAGGACGACUACAUACUGUUUGACUGCCCAGGUCAGAUUGAACUUUAUACGCACCUCCCUGUGAUGAGGCAGCUGGUGGAGCAGCUCCAGCAGUGGGAGUUUCGGGUGUGUGGGGUCUUUUUGGUUGACUCCCAGUUCAUGGUGGAGUCUUUCAAGUUCAUCUCAGGAGUCAUGGCUGCCCUUAGUGCCAUGGUGUCAUUAGAGAUCCCACAAGUCAACAUCAUGACAAAAAUGGACCUGCUCAGUCCCAAAGCCAAGAAGGAGAUUGAAAAGUACCUGGACCCAGACAUGUACUCAAUGAUGGAGGAUACCCCAGAUAACAUCAGAAGCACAAAGUUCAAGAAUCUGACUAAAGCCAUCUGUGGUUUAAUUGACGACUACAGCAUGGUGAGAUUCAUGCCUUUUGACCGCACAGAUGAGGAAGGUAUUAAUAUAGUCCUUCAAAACAUUGACUUCUCAAUACAGUAUGGCGAGGACCUGGAGUUCAAGGAGCCCAAGGAGGUUGAGGAGGAGCCUGGUAAUCUAAAUUAUGAUGAGGCUUUUCAAGAAAGAGAGGACAGCUGAGGAGAAGCCCGACUCCAGAAUUUCUCCAAAAAAGUCUGGAGUUGAAACCAGCUGAUGAAGAAACAGGAUAUCAAGUCCAGAUGGAGAUGGCAUGUGACUGCAAGGAUGUAGAGAAAUUGACAUGUGUUAGGGAAAAGACUGGCUGGAAAUCAUGAAUAUCUUGUGUCAUGUACAGUAUUUUCAGAAGGUUUGUUCUUGUGUUUGCUGUUUCAGUGACUCAAGAAUUGUGUGAUUUCGUCCCAUUCGUGUAUGUUUAUUUUAAGAGUUAUUAAAUACAUUUAUUAUUGCUAUAUUUUUUAAUAAAACAUUUAGCAAAAUUUACAA